AUGCCUGGAAAGGGCCGUAAAUAUCGACCAACGAACGAGGAAUACGUCAAGGAAUUGGACGAUGUGUACGAAGAAGCAGGGGAAUCAUCAGAGCAACGAAUGAAUUUGCUGAACACGUUAGGUGCUUAUAGGAAGCCGAUGUGGUUAAGAAGAAGAUUAGCUACUCUUGCAAAGGACAAGCAAGAUUGGGAUACUGCUAUCGGUGAAUUGCAACAAAUUGUAAGACAUUUACCGACGAAGAUCGCUUUAGGGGCUGGGCUUGCGUUGCGAAGCGAGGCCGGGGCGUAUUCGUAUCGUGGUAACAUUGUCAUAGGAGGGGAUUUCAACUUUGAAGCUUUCCUUUUUCAGUCAUCUGUGAAUGCGUACGGCCGCGUGUUAGAAAUCGAUCCCAGCAGUGAUUAUGCGAUUUGUGUUCAUCUGCGACUGUUUUUCAACACUCUCGGUGACGAACGAUUCGAACAUUUGAAGAAGGUCUUCAAUUUGUUAGAUGGUGUGAUAGCUGGGCGACCUCGUGUAUCGCUAGCUUAUAAGCUGGCCGCUGAUGCUCUUCUUCAUGCAAUAAAAUUCAAAGAGGAACUGCUCGUUAAGUUGGAGAUUCCAUCAUCGUGGUCGAUAUCGUGUCGAUUGACUGCAGUCCGUUCAGCAGUGAUGUUCUACUCGGUGGCGCUUGAUUUGAACCGGGAAAAUGCGUGGGCAUGGAAUGACCUGGCGAUAGCUUUACUCUGCCUGGCCAGAAUCGAGAAAUCCGAACAGCAUGGCUGCAAGGCCCACGAGUGUUUACGAAAAGCCAUGAGUUUGAGCAAGUGUGCUCAGAUGCGUUCACAACUGUGGACCUUGAUUGCUGAGGCAGAGCGGUUGUCAGCUAUGGCAAAGGAUGCAACAGCGACGGACACGAUGUCUGUUGCUCUCCAGCAACAUUACCUUGUUCGUGCGCUUCAACUCAACAAAGCGAAUGACGAAGCGUGGCUACGUCUAGCCUUACUCUACUACACUAAUGGAGCGAUGGUUGAGGCCCAUCUCACAAUAGAAACGGCUCUCAAACAUAACCCACAACUUGCUGAAGCAUGGUGUGCCUGGGCAUUGAAAGCUGAGUCGGAAGGAUUGGGUCACGAAGCAAUGGACAUGUUCCGGCAUUCCAUCUCAAUUAAACCUGUGGCUGCAGCUGUGAUGAAAUACACGGCGUUCUUAUGUCAGUCGUUACGAGUGAAGAGUUUCGAUCCAGCUACUGUAAUGAUCGAUUUCAAUAAAGUGCUGCGCUUACGAGGUUUGAAGGCAGGUCAGGAUGUUCAUAAUCCUGCAAAAUCUCUUGAGAUGUUGGCAAAGCUGUGUUCGAAGACAUCAGAGGAGCUGUUCAAUUUGCUAAAAGAACACCAGCCGCUGUACAGAGAUUUGUUUGAGCGUCUGGUCGCUCCGGAAGCGCAAGGACUGCAAGAGUUAUACGCUUCGUUCACAAAGUCGAUAUCGGUACCGCUUGUUGUCGCUGCAAUACUUCGGUUUGAGCUACCAUUAUGCGAUCAAGCUGUAACGGUGCUUCAUGAUGUUUUACCGCGUCACGAGUUAAUUGAUGUUUUCCCAACCAUCAUGCCUGAAGGUAUGGAUAAUGGACUGAAGUAUGUGGAGCAAGAUAGGCGAGGAACCUGUUCCGAUAUGCGCAUUUCAAUUGCGAAAAUGGCGAAGGAGCUAGAAAUUGAGGAACAGAUUGUAGCACAAGGUGAUUUAGUGCGCCAGCUCAAAGGUGAUGCUUCAGCGUCGGAGGACGUGAAAAAGGAAGCCAUUGAAAAACUGUUGCGGUUGAAGCUGACCUACAAAGAGAUAACUGGCAAAGAUUAUGCGGCUCCUGGUGGUCGUAAGCAAAAAGUGGUUGACUGGAUCCGUUCACAGCGACUAUCUGACCGGUGCGACGUUGUCGCGCGUUCCCUCAAGAGAAGAGUGUUUCUGGAGAUGGAUUUCAAAGACGAGGCAGCAAGAAUUCAAGUCCCACUAAUAGGUCUCCCUCCAUCCUUCGCUAUUGACAGCGCAAAAGUAGCGCUAUGGAAAGGAGAGGAUUUGAAUGACUUGAUCGAGCAAUGUGGACAGGAGUCCCCAGAUGCGAGACGCUUCAGAGUUUAUCGUGCUCUGCAAAGUGGGAAUGCUACAGAUGCAGCCGAAGAUGCUAAAGCUAUCCUCGCUGACGAGCCUGCGUCAUGGCGCGAUCUUGUUCUUGUCGCAGAGCUUAAUUUAGCGAUGUCCAAAGAUGCGACGUCCUUACUUGUGAAGGAGGAUUUCAACUUUGAAGCUUUUCUUUUUCAGUCAUCUGUGAAUGCAUACGGUCGCGUGUUAGAAAUCGAUCCCAGCAGUGAUUAUGCGAUUUGUCUGAUACAAGUUCUAAUGCGUAUGCAUAAUCUGGAAGGUGCUGCUGAACAAUGUACUAAAUGGCGUGCAACGGGUAGCCAGAAUGCUCAGCUAAAGAAUGCUGUCGAUAUAUUGGAAGCACAAGUUCAUCUGCGACUGUUUUUCAACACUCUCGGUGACGAACGAUUCGAACAUUUGAAGAAGGUCUUCAAUUUGUUAGAUGGUGUGAUAGCUGGGCGACCUCGUGUAUCGCUAGCUUAUAAGCUGGCCGCUGAUGCUCUUCUUCAUGCAAUAAAAUUCAAAGAGGAACUGCUCGUUAAGUUGGAGAUUCCAUCAUCGUGGUCGAUAUCGUGUCGAUUGACUGCAGUCCGUUCAGCAGUGAUGUUCUACUCGGUGGCGCUUGAUUUGAACCGGGAAAAUGCGUGGGCAUGGAAUGACCUGGCGAUAGCUUUACUCUGCCUGGCCAGAAUCGACAAAUCCGAACAGCAUGCGGCAAAGGCCCACGAGUGUUUACGAAAAGCCAUGAGUUUGAGCAAGUGUGCUCAGAUGCGUUCACAACUGUGGACCUUGAUUGCUGAGGCAGAGCGGUUGUCAGCUAUGGCAAAGGAUGCAACAGCGACGGACACGAUGUCUGUUGCUCUCCAGCAACAUUACCUUGUUCGUGCGCUUCAACUCAACAAAGCGAAUGACGAAGCGUGGCUACGUCUAGCCUUACUCUACUACACUAAUGGAGCGAUGGUUGAAGCCCAUCUCACAAUAGAAACGGCUCUCAAACAUAACCCACAACUUGCUGAAGCAUGGUGUGCCUGGGCAUUGAAAGCUGAGUCGGAAGGAUUGGGUCACGAAGCAAUGGAUAUGUUCCGGCAUUCCAUCUCAAUUAAACCUGUGGCUGCAGCUGUGAUGAAAUACACGGCGUUCUUAUGUCAGUCGUUACGAGUGAAGAGUUUCGAUCCAGCUACUGUAAUGAUCGAUUUCAAUAAAGUGCUGCGCUUACGAGAUGAAUCGGACUCUUCUGACAAGAACCUCUUAUUGCACAUAGGGGUACUUGCUGAAUUGUUUGGUCACUAUGAAGAUGCAGUCCAAUGUAUAUCUGACAGCGGAUAUGAUGGGCCACAUCUUCAAAGAGCUCGAAUGAAGGCAGGUCAGGAUGUUCAUAAUCCUGCAAAAUCUCUUGAGAUGUUGGCAAAGCUGUGUUCGAAGACAUCAGAGGAGCUGUUCAAUUUGCUAAAAGAACACCAGCCGCUGUACAGAGAUUUGUUUGAGCGUCUGGUCGCUCCGGAAGCGCAAGGACUGCAAGAGUUAUACGCUUCGUUCACAAAGUCGAUAUCGGUACCGCUUGUUGUCGCUGCAAUACUUCGGUUUGAGCUACCAUUAUGCGAUCAAGCUGUAACGGUGCUUCAUGAUGUUUUACCGCGUCACGAGUUAAUUGAUGUUUUCCCAACCAUCAUGCCUGAAGGUAUGGAUAAUGGACUGAAGUAUGUGGAGCAAGAUGGCGAGGAACCGUUCCGAUAUAGCCAUUUCAUUGCGAAGCCAUUGUGGGAGAUUCUGAAGAAGCGUCGCGACGAGCUGGAAAGCGAAGCUAUUGACGGGUCACCGAGUUCAGACGUGAAAAAGGAAGCCAUUGAAAAACUGUUGCGGUUGAAGCUGACCUACAAAGAGAUAACUGGCAAAGAUUAUGCGGCUCCUGGUGGUCGUAGCAAAAAGUGGGCGAGUUACCUUUUGCGUAAACCCGAUAAAAAGCCUGCCCCGGAAAAGAAGCAGGAGAAAAAACAGGAGCGAAAGCUGAGGAAAAAGCAACAAGUUGGAAUCGAAGUUAUACGAGAAAAUUAUUCUGAAUGGUAUGGUCAGGUGAUCACGAAGGCGGAAAUGAUUGAAUAUUACGAUGUUUCUGGAUGCUAUGUGUUGCGUCCAUGGUCGUAUGCAAUCUGGGAAUCCAUUCAGGCAUGGUUUGAUAGCGGUAUCAAGAAACUCGGUGUGAAAAACUGCUACUUCCCCAUGUUUGUUAGUAAUGCAGCGUUGGAACGAGAGAAGACUCACAUUGCCGACUUUGCCCCAGAGGUCGCUUGGGUGACUCCGAGCUGGUUCAUCCGAAUUGGCCGAACCCAUAGCUAUCAGACCUACAUCGGAGACGGUAAUAGAUGGGAGUUCAAACAUCCAACUCCGUUCUUGCGAACUCGUGAAUUCCUUUGGCAAGAAGGUCACACUGCUUUCGCCAACCCAGAUGAUGCUAUCCAGGAAGUGUUCCAGAUUCUUGAUCUUUAUGCUGGCGUCUAUACUGAUCUCUUAGCAAUACCUGUUGUAAAGGGUAGAAAGAGUGAAAAAGAGAAAUUCGCUGGUGGUGAUUUCACGACGACCGUAGAAGCAUACGUGCCAUGUAAUGGCCGAGGCAUCCAAGGAGCAACAUCCCAUCACCUUGGACAGAACUUCUCAAAAAUGUUUGACAUAUCGUUUGAGGAUCCAGCAACAGGUGGAAAGAUGUACGCGUGGCAAAAUUCGUGGGGAUUAUCCACCCGUACAAUUGGUGCUAUGGUAAUGAUCCAUGCUGAUGACAGCGGUCUUGUACUCCCUCCGAGAGUGGCUUCAAUUCAGGCCAUUGUUCUGCCAGUGGGCAUCACUGCACAAACCACCGACGAACAGCGAAAGCAACUUAUUGACACGGCUGACCAACUGGCGAAAACUUUAGUGAACGCCGAUAUAAGAGCAGAAGCUGACUUAAGAGACAAUUAUUCACCUGGAUGGAAAUUCAAUCAUUGGGAAUUGAAAGGAGUGCCUAUACGACUUGAGGUUGGUCCCAAGGACUUGGCUGCAAAUCAAGUCACGGCUGUAUUGCGAUACAAUGGCAAAAAAUUGGCCAUAAAACAAGACGAGCUCGUUAGCGAGAUUAAGCGGCUUUUGGAAAUGAUUCAUGUCGAAAUGUAUAAUAAGGUGUUGGCUGCUCGUGAUGCACAUAUGAAGACGUGCUAUGACUUUGAAGAAUUUAAACAACUUCUGGAUGAGAAAUUUAUACUAUUGUCCCCAUUCUGUGGUGAAAUCGCAUGUGAAGACGAGAUCAAGAAGGCGAGUACACGAGAAGACGCGGAUGCUGGAGCUGCUCAAAUGGGAGCAAAGACCUUAUGUAUACCUUUGGAACAGCCGAAGGAUAAGCUACCAGAUCAGUGUCUUUUCCCUUCGUGUAAGAACAAAGCUAAAUUCUUCGCUCUUUUUGGUCGCAGUUAUUAA